AUGGAAUAUGCAUAUUAUACAUAUCAGUCGAUUAAUGCAAUUAAUUUCGCUCAAGGACCGUGCCUAGCAACACAAAUUCCGCCAGAAAUCUUUAUAAAUAUAUGUAAAGAUCUUCCACCAAUCGAUCUUCUUUCACUCGCUCAAGUUUGUAAAAAAUUCUAUGGAUAUUUGUGUUCAACAAAUUCUACUACAACGCAAGAAAUUUGGAAAAAUUCGCGGUUAACAUUUUUGCCUUUUGUUCAAAUGCCACCACCCGAAGGAAUGACUGAAUUACAAUAUGUCAAAUUGGUUUCUGAACGAGGUUGUCAAUUCUGUAAAAAGCCUAGAAUUAGAAAAGUUUAUUGGGCGUUUCUUGUAAGAUGUUGCAAGGAAUGUUUAGAGGAUCGAACAAUUAGAUUAGAUCAAGUGCGACAUCGUUUCCUUUCUCCGAAUUCAAUUCCCGAUGAUAUUCUUUGUGGGUUAACGUUUAUCACAGGAUUUUAUAAAUCAGGAUGGGAUCGAAAUCCCAAACAUCGUCCAGCAAAUUUAUAUUUGACUCAAGACGUUCUUAAAGUAUACUCGGAAUUUACAAGGUUGGAAGUCAAUGAAAAAAAAGAAUGGAUCAAAUUAAAACGUGAAGAAGGAAAGCGUAAAAUGGAAGAAGUUUCCAAAAGAGAAGCUGAGCAUGAAAAUGAAUAUUGGACCAAAACAAUGGAAAAUUCAAAAAAACGAGAUGACCGUGCCACAACAAUUGACAAAUUUAUUAGACAAGAAAAAAAUGAAUAUGGUUUUCCGAGAUUUAAAAUGUCUGUCGUUGAACAAUGUACAACUUAUAACAAAGCAAUGAUGUCAACUUCUACGAGUCGUUUUACUGAACGCGCUUGGAUUGGUUUUCGUAAUAGGUUAAUUCCCGAAUAUACGCAGUUAGUGACCAUUUUAAAAAUGCGACGACAAGAAGCAGAACAACAUAUGGACUUUGACGUUGCAAUUCAAACACGACAAAUGGACAUCGUUAAAAUGAUCUUUGAAUUACUACGCCCUGAAGUUGAACAACAAUCGAUUGCUCAACAAGAAUCAUCAUCUUCCUCCUCAGAUUCCAACAGUGACUCGGACGAUUUGAAUUCUAACAACAGAAAUCAAAAAACGUCAGGGUUUAAUGUAAUAUUUGAAAGCUUUUUGAUAAAAUACUUACCAUGGUGUCCUUCUUUUCGUAAUCCUCCAUUUAUGAAUAAAGAUCCAAGAAUUCUUUGGGAUGAUGAUUUUCUUGUAAGUAUCUUAAUUCCACAACUUCGGGAAGAAGCCUUUUACUUAAAAGACAUUCCUGCUCCUAUUACAACGGUUUGUGGAGCAUUCCUUCAUGGUGGCUUAAAUAACAAACGAAUUUUCAGUUGUAAAUUAUGUAAUAAUAAUCUUCAAAAUCCUAUGCAACUUUAUUCAUUUUUUGAAAUGAGAUUACAUUUAACUAAAAGUGCUCAUAAAGUUCGCAUUAUAGAUGAUGAUUUUAUGAUUGAGGUUCAUUCAUCAUUAGAUAAUGCAAGUCCUGCUCAAAUAUUUCCUAGAAAUAAACCUGAAGUAUUUUUCGCAGCCGGCUUUAAUUGCAAUUUAAUUUGCAAUUUGUUAAAUUAG